AGAAGCGGCGUGGUGCGGGAGCACCAUUUCAAUGGGGGUGGAACACGUGGCCGAGGGGUGAAUGUAACGACGCGCACAGGUGAAGAUAGAUCGGGUUUGUUCAACGUAACAACGAGAACCACUGGCAAAGCAGGAAAAUGUGAACGUAUGGAUAGCCCGUUGUCCCUCGAGGUUGUUCAGUGUCGUCAGUUCGAUCCGGUCACUAGGCCAUUCACCAUGAACGAGCGCAAGGAUGAAACGCAGUCAAUUUACACGGUCACCAGCCAGCAGAACUUGGUACCGAUAAAAUCCAGAAACGCCUACCUAAAGAAACGAAGACACGUACCGAAUUUAAUGAUGAUUGCAUUGUUUCUCCUGAUGGGUCUAUCUAUCCUAGCGGCACUGGUGUUUUCUAUACUUUAUAUAACCUACAGACCGACGAAACUCUGCGAAACAGACAAUUGCGUUCGUAUAGCUGCUAGUUUGAAAGAAUCUAUGGAUACGUCCGUAGAUCCUUGUGACGAUUUUUAUAAAUACGCAUGCGGGAAAUGGCAGGACGAGCAUCCUAUACCUGAUAAGAGUUUGAUUAAUUCGUGGUUCGACGAGCGUUUAGAAAAAAUAUACGUAAAAAUCAGAGAACUGUUACGGGAAAAUAGGACGGAUAGCAACGAACCGUGGGCAGUAUCGCAGGCUAAACUAUUGUAUAGUAGCUGCAUAAACGUGCAGGCGACGAACGAGCUGGGACUGACGCCGUUGUUCGAUGUAUUGAAAGAGCUCAGUCUACCCCCGGUUCCUGCGGCCAUCACCAAGAAAACGAGCGAUUACAUCGAACAAAUAGCCAGGGUGAAAAAAGUUCUAGGAAAGGACGUGUUCUUCCGCUUCGACAUUAUUCCCGAUCCUCGAAACAGCAGUGAAAAUGUAAUGUUUCUCGACACACUGAUCAUCAAUAAUCCAUUGCCCAACGAGAAAGAAUUGGAGAAACGAUUGCAUUCGAUCAGAUCAAGUUUCCGAAGAAUGGAGAACGAGGAGACGGAUGAAAGUGAAGAUAAACUGAAAGAUGUAGAAAUCACGUACAUAACCGGCAUAAUUAAGCAAAUCAUGAACAAUGGAACCCUUGAUACUUGCUCUUUAAACGAUGAAUCAUUGCCGCUUGACGAGGAAGAAUUGGAAGAAAUCACCGAGUCGCUUUACAAAUUAACAAGCGCAUUUUAUUACCUAUCCCAUUACGAUGAAACCACUUGGCAAGAUGAUCCGACCGAUGAUAAUUACAUGCUGGUAGACGAUCUUCAAAAGGUGACCGACGAGUUUGUGACGGAAGUUAACUCUACGCUCACGCCUAAACUGUUAUGGAGACCGUUCAUUGAACUGGUUUUUAAGGAUAUUGACACUUUAGACUUGGAUAACAAGGACAAAGUGUUGAUAGGCGAUCUGGAAUAUUUGAAGGAAAUCGCUCUUAUGUUGACUCUCGCCGAGGAGGAAGAAUUAGAAAGUUACGUAUGGUGGGUGAUAGUAGAUAUAAUCGUGCCACAUUCGUCGGACAGUUUAAAAAAAAUUUGGAUAGAUUACAUCAACGAAUUGACCAAUAUCGAGAUCGGUGAAUCGAGGUCAUUCUUUUGCGCGUCCGUCGUCAACGAAUUGAUGGGAAUGGCGACCUCGUGGUUGUUCGUGGACUCAUCCUUUCACGAAGACAAAGGUAAAAAUGUGUUGGAAAUGUUGGACAAUAUAAAACAAGCUUUCGCCUCGAUGGUUCUGCGAACCGAUUGGAUGGACCAGCGGACAAAACUGGCCACGCUGGAGAAGAACAGAAAGAUGAAGACACAAAUUGGCUUCCCGGAUUGGUUGUUCGCCGAAAAAGAGCUCGACGAAUAUUACGAGAGCAUAGAUCUCUCGGAGACGGAGUAUUUGAGCAAUAUAAUACAAAUUAUUCGAUUGAUGUCCUUGAGCGAAUUAGAAUCCAUUCAUCUGAUUAAUUAUAAAAAUGAAUCAUACUGGGCGACCGAUCCAACGGAUGUAAAUGCAUUUCAUACGUAUGAGUAUAAUCAUAUAACUGUACCAGCAGGAAUUCUUCAAUUUCCUUUUUACGAAUUGGGUCUUGAGUCUCUGAAUUACGGCGCCAUCGGCUCGAUCCUUGGUCACGAAUUGACUCACGGAUUCGACAACAACGGGAGACACUACGACAGUAACGGGAACGUGAAACAAUGGUGGACCAACGAGACUAUUUUGAGAUACACCGAGAAAAUUGAAUGCUUCAUAGAUCAUUACAACACUUACUACGAAGCUGAAAUAGACGAUUAUAUCGACGGUAAACUCACAUUGAAUGAAAAUAUAGCGGAUAAUGGGGGUCUGAGAGAAGCUGUCGUCGCUUAUGAAAGAUGGAAGGCCAAACACGGUCAAGAGCCCUCGCUUCCGGGAUUCACUCACCUCACUCACGAGCAACUUAUUUUUCUUAGUUUCGCACACAUUUGGUGCGAGAUCAGUACUCCAAAAUUUUUAAAAUCGAUGUUACAAAAUAGCCAUUGCCCUGGACACGUGAGACUUCUCGGAGUUCUCAAGAAUUCCCAAGAGUUCAGCGAAGCGUGGAAUUGUCCUGCGGGAUCGAACAUGAAUCCCUCGAACAAAUGUAAAAUAUGGUAACGACAGAAUUCCUUGAUCGAA